GACUGUGCGAUUGGCAUAAUCCCUACCUAAACGUUCUGGACUGAAAGGCCUUGGACAAAAUUGAAGCCGUUACACAGCUUUCUGUUUGUUUCUCGCGAAAGGCUUUUUUUAUUUAUUUAUUAUUAUUAUUUUAUUUUUUACUUUUCAUUUCUUUUCUUUUUGUCCAUCUGAGUCGUGCGUAUCUGGAUUCGACUGCAAAUUAUUUGGAUCUGCCCGUAAGUGUCUAAGCUCCUGCAACGCAAUUUCAAGAUUCUGAAGUGGAUUUGGAGGUGAAACAUUUGGGGUGAAUCGAGCGGCUUUGAGCUGAUCAAAUGGAGGAUGAAAAGAAGAAGAAGAAAAACAAGAAAAAGAAGAACAAGCAACAUAAAGCAAGUGAAGGUCCGGCGGUUGGGGUUGGAGAAGAAAUAGCGUCUCUGGAUGAGAAUCAUUUGAGUACGCAGACUCAUGGGAACCAAGAUUCGAUUGCCGAUGUUCAAAAUGGUGAUGUUCAGAAAGAGAAUGUAGAUCUGAAUGGACAUUGCGCCAAUGGUACUGAUAGUUCCAUUUUAGUUGAAGCAGAGAAACAAAAGUGGUUGCAAAGAGAGGCUAGCUUACAAGAGAGAAUCAAACAGUUAGAAAAUGAAAAGGAGUUGCACACACAAAAAGAGUCCAUUUUAGCUGAAGCUGACAAAAAGCAAUGGUCAAAAAGAGAGGCUACCUUAGAAGAGAGAAUCAAACAAUUACAAGAUGAAAAUGACUUGCACAUGCAAAAGGAGGCUGGUCUGGAGAUGAGAAUUGUACAAUUGCAAACUGAAAAGCAUUCCUGGAUUCAAAAAGAGGCUACCUUGGAAGGGAAAAUCCAGCAGUUGCUAGAUGAAAACUCUACUUUGAGUGUGAAAUGGGCAAGUUUAGAGGAAAAGGUUGGACAUCAAGAAAGAGAAAGAAAUUCCUGGGUUCUAAAGGAGAAUUCAAGCAGAGAAAUAACUUCUAGCCUGAAUGAUGAAAACAGAAAACUACAGGGGCAGGUAAUGGAGUUGGAAGAAUUCAGGAUCAAUAUCCUACAAGAAAACCAACUACUGAAGGAAAAAGUAUCUAGUCUUCACUUGCAGAUUAAGGAGCUUGAGGAGAGUGUUUCCUCUGCUCAUGCAUCAACUGAAAUCACAAAGGUAAUGGAGUUGGAAGAAUUCAGGAUCAAUAUCCUACAAGAAAACCAACUACUGAAGGAAAAAGUAUCUAGUCUUCACUUGCAGAUUAAGGAGCUUGAGGAGAGUGUUUCCUCUGCUCAUGCAUCAACUGAAAUCACAAAGCAUGCUUCUAAACAUGUGGACUUGAACCCUCAGACGGAAGCAGCCACUGUGUUGAUUGAGAAAUUGACCUCUGAAAAUGCAGAUCUCGUGGAGAAGGUGAAUGAGUUGUACAUUGAGCUUGAUCAAUUAAGAGUAGCAGCUGGCCUUUCUUCAGCAAUUGGACUCGACAAAAAGAUUGGUACUUUGCAAAAUUCCAGUGUUGCUGAUCACAUGUCUGAACCCACUGACAACAGUUCUGCAUCAAGUGAGAGGAUGGAGUCUGUAGAAGCCGUUCCAAUCCAUGGUCAGAGCUCCCAAGAAGCUGUUCCAAUGCAAGAUGAGAACUCCCAAGAAGCUGUUCCAAUCCAUGACCAGAGGUCCCUAGAAGCCGUUCCAAUGCUUUACAAGAGCUCCCAAGAAGCUGUUCCAAUCCAUGACCCGAGGUCCAUAGAAGCUGUUCCAAUCAAUGACAAGAGCCCCCUAGAAGCUGUUCCGAUGAAUGAUGAGAGGAUCAGUGCUGAUAUCGAGGGCGUUGAACAAACUGCAGUAAUUCCAAACUCUUCAGAAACAGACGAUUCUGGAGAAAUUGUGCAAAUUCCAUUGGAUGAAAAUGAAGCUCGGGAGCUGGAGUUGCAGGCUGCUGAGAACGACAGAAACACCACAGUGCCAAUCACAGAUGCUCCUCUGAUCGGUGCUCCAUUCCGGUUUAUAUCUUUUGUUGCUAAAUAUGUCAGCGGCGCUGAUUUGGUCGGGAAAAGCUCUACAAACCCGACAGUGCAGCCGUAAUUCACCAUUUUAAUCUCUACUUCAAUAUGGAGGUAUACAAGUGACCACAUUUGUAUCAAAGGAAUGAUAUAUCCUUUUUAACUUGUGACUACAGAUGAAUCUUAAUAGGGCCAUUUAUACAUCCUUUUACAUGAUAGUACACAAUGUAAGCUAAUCAAGAGAUGAAAUGCUGACCUUUUACAUACCA